UCCCACCUGUAACAGAAUUCUCUCAGCAAGUGAAGUGGCCGCGAAGAAAGGAAGCUUCUGUUCACCAUAUCUAUCUCUCUUCCCACUCACUCACUAAUCAAUUAAUGAUGAUGAUGAAAAGAGCAGAAAUCGAUACCACCGCCCCUUUCAAGUCCGUCAAGGAGGCCGUCGCCUUGUUCGGCGAGAAAGUUCUCGCCAGCGGAGUUUACGCCAACAAACUCAAAGAGAUUAAUAUGCAGAUAGAAAACAAUGUGAAAGAAUAUGAAAAAAUUCCUAUGCCUAUCACCAUAGAGUUGGAGGAAACAAAGCAAAGACUUGAAGAGGCACAAGAAGAUCGAAUGCUAAUGGCAACUUGUCUUUCUUCUCUACAACAAGAACUCGAACGCACCAAAUACGAGCUACAACAACUUAAACAAAACUCCAAAAAUCACCCUGGCAUCGAAGAGGAUUUUGAAUUCAUAGAAGAUGUCACCAAAUUUGAAGUGAAACCUGAGAGUACAAGUCACAAUGCAACAUCCGAACUAGAAUUUCAGAAGAAAAGAUACGUGACAUUUGCAAAUCCACCUUCGGUUGCACAAGUUAUGAUACAACCAUGUGAUGCCACUGUGCUAGAACGGCAUCCUUCUUUGAGAAAGAAGAAAAAGAAGGCCUUGAUCCCAUUGAUUGGUGGGAUUUUUACCAAAAAGAAAAACAUAAUCCAUGUUUAAUCGAUAUAUGUUUAACUUCAAUAAAAGGAGAGUUUAUGGAAGUUAAGUGACUUUGAAUGUAUGAUCUUGAGAAAGUUUUCUUGUAAUAAGGAACGGUAUGAACAUAACUAAAACCAAGUGUUUUGUGGGGUUGUUUUAUAUGCUAAAAUAGCAAAGAUAUGUGAGGAGUACGACUUUAAUAAUGCGAGG